AUGACUAGCAACAACCAGAGCAAUAGCUCAAGCCACCAGCACCUGCACUCUCCCUCCAAACUAACCGAAUUCGCGCGCAACUUCGAGGACAAGCCGGAAUCGCUCUUUGGCCGAGUGGUGAACAAGAUCCAGAAUGUGUACAACCAGAGCUACAAUACCGUCAACGAUAUAUCAAGCGGGAGCAGCAGCAGUUCCUCCUCGCAGCCAGUGCAAGUGGUGGGCAAAUCGCAGUUCUUCAGCGACUCCCAGACUCCCACAGCUGAGUUCGCCGAUGUGGAUACUUCUAGCCAGAGCGCAGUUCGCCCCCAGCCACCCACCACGCUCAGCAUAAGGACCAAUAGUGAGACGCGUGGCACGAGCACCUCCAGCAACACAGCUGCAGAGGAUUCCGAAGCCAGCGACCGCGUCGAAACGCUGCCGCUGCCAACCAGCGAAGCGAAUCAGGGGCGCACCGUAUCUAAUGUUCUUAAGCACAUAAGUAAUAUUGUGGCAACAAAAAACAACAAUGAUCUGCGAAACUACAAGGACACGGAGCUGCAGCGCUUCUGGAUGCCUGAUUCCAAGGCCAAGGAAUGCUACGAUUGCUCUCAAAAGUUCUCCACGUUCCGGAGAAAGCACCACUGCCGCUUGUGUGGCCAAAUAUUCUGCUCAAAGUGCUGCAACCAAGUGGUGCCUGGCAUGAUAAUCCGCUGCGAUGGAGACCUCAAAGUGUGCAACUACUGCUCCAAGAUAGUGCUCACAUUCCUAAAGUCCUCAAGCUCUGAGAUGGGCCAGGAUAUGCAGGAGCUGCAGCAGCACUUAAGUAACAAAUUAGAAGUACAAGAUAGUGACACCUCGCUUGCCAAACAUCCGCAGAUGCAAAGGUAGGGACGUCUUCCGCGAAAGACGUCAGUGGGCUAUCAGGAGGAGCGAUUCAGUUCGCAUCCAACGUACACGACGCUUUCCAUUGACGAUCGCAAGAAUAUCCUGCAGCAGUCAAAUUCCUUGAUAACCCUGCACGAGGAAAUGCAGCGGGAUCUGCCUGCUCAAAAUUGCGGCCAGCGUCUGAUUGAGUUUCUCAAUAGUAAUAAUAAAUCAGCAAACGAGGUGCAGGCGGUGGCCAUACUAAAUGCUAUGCUAGCCGCUGGGUUCCUUGAGCCAAUCGUACCCGAUCCGGAGCAAAUGGAUUUCGAUGCGUCGCUACACUAUAAGUUCGCCAAAAGCAGCAGCUCCGAGACCUCCCGUACGAUGAGCCCGCAGUUUGAGGCGGCUCCCCAUGCGGAACCACAACCUCCGAAGUCUAUGGAUCAAUCAGCAGAAGAAAAGGAUAAGGAGCUUGAAAACGAACUGGAAAACGAUCAGUGCUAUACCACAGCAACGUCCAAGCUUCUCGCUUCCUACUGCGACCACGAAGAGCAGCUGCUGGCACAGAUGCUGCGCGCACAUAACUUGGACCAGGAAUGGGACAAGGUGCUCCAGAUGCUUUGUUCUACGGCAGCGAAUCACUUCAAGCCAGAGCAUUGUAGCAACGAUCUAAUGGACAUUCGUAACUAUGUGAACUUUAAGAAGGUGCCGGGUGGCAGACGCAAGGACUCAAAGAUUGUUCAUGGAGUGGCUUUCUCUAAAAACGUCGCCCAUAAAGAUAUGGCCACGCAUGUGCCCUUCCCUCGCAUAUUGCUGCUCCAGUGUCCCAUUGUAUACGAGCGUAUUGAAGGCAAGUUUGUGACCAUUGAGACCGUGCUGCUCCAGGAAAAGGAAUACCUGCGAAACGUUUGCGCCCGCAUUAUGAGCUUCAAACCCAAUGUUGUGCUUGUGCACAAGAAUGUGGCGGGCAUUGCCCAGGAUCUGCUAAGAUCUUAUGAAGUUACCCUUGUAUUGGAUGUUAAGCUUUCGGUAAUGGAGCGUCUGGCGCGCACACUGCAAUGCGACAUUGUCAGUUCAAUUGAGUCGAAUAUAACCAUGCCCAAGCUGGGCUACUGCAAUGAUUUCUACAUACGCAACUAUAAUGGCAAAACGCUGAUGUUCUUUGAGAAGCUGACCAAUCCCCGUGGAUACACCUGUCUUCUUAGAGGAGGCAGCAAUGCUGAACUGACGAGGGUCAAACGGGUGGCAUCAGCCCUGCUUUUUGCACGCUACAACUGGCGCUUGGAAAUGUCAUUCCUGCUGAACGAGUUCGCCCAGCCACUCAGUCCGAAACCGUCGAUAUUCGACUCCAAAGAAACUAGCCCCAAAUCGGAAACAGAGGCAGAACUUCGAGCUAAGCGACCAGUUAUUUUAGAGCGCAAGUCCGAGGAUAAGAUCACCACCAUCAUCAGCGAGAAUGUGUCGGAUUUCACCGAUCCAUUGCGUGCCUCACAAGCCGAAGCUCUAUCCACUUCGCCGUGUGCUCCACCCGUGGUUGAGGCGCUAGCUGUGGAGCCGCGUUACGAUAACAGAUUCCGCACGGCACUCAGUUCCACACUGCUCUCUGUCAGUCCCUUCCUCACCUUUCCGCUACCAUAUUUGGAAACGGAGCAGGGAAGAAAAUGCAAACUGCGUAAGCUGUUUCCCGCAGAGCUUUACUUUUCGAAACAAUGGUCCCGCACCGGAUUGGAGCGGCCAGAUAGCAUGGGAGACAGCGAAGCUGCCAAAUCAGAGCCAGGAAACAAAGAGAACCAGUUGCAGCUACUUCCACCCCACGAUUUUGUGCUAAUGAAGAUCACAGCACCCGCUAGCAGUCGCGACAUUCAGUCGAAACUAGCUGAAUUCCGCUCCUUUGGCGGUCGCUUACCCAAGGGCAAAGCUCCUAUGCUGCGACCGAAGAAAAAGAACGCCGAGCUGAUCCAGCGACCGCAGAAGGUCAGUGAGGAGCAGCUGUACAAGGAUGCCCUGGAUCCGCAGAACCAUCAACGUUUGCCGGUGCUCUUCUGCAGCUUCCAUUACAAUCCCAAGGGCGUUUCGUCGUUCUGCAAGCUGCCCAUGCUGCUGGACAUGAAGUUCUACGGGCAAUAUGACAUCAUGCUGGAGCAGUUCCUCCAACGUUACUGCUGCCUUUUUAACUCCAUGUGCCCGUCGUGCAAUCUGCCGAUGCUGGGCCAUGUUCGUCGCUAUGUUCACUCUCUGGGAUGCGUACAUGUCUACUUAACCGAGGACCUAACCCGCUCCGACCCGACGCGUAUAUACUUUACGUCUUGGUGCAGCAUAUGCAAUGCCACUACACCCACUAUUCCGCUCGCCGAUUCCGCAAAGUGCCUUUCCCUCGCCAAGUACCUUGAGAUGCGCUUCCAUGGCCACGCCUACAAGAGACGACCUCCUGCGACAGACGCAGAACAUGGCGGCGCUGCUUGUGAGCACUCAUUGCAUCGUGAUUAUGUGCACCACUUCAGUUUCCGCGGUGUCGGCGCCAAAUUCCAAUAUACACCGGUUGAAGUUUGGGAGGCGGAUCUUCCUUCGUUGACUGUGCAACUGGAUCUGCCGCCACCAGUUCAAAGCCCCCAACUACAGGAGGAGAUUAAAAACUUCUCGUUAAAGGGUCAUGAGGUUUAUAACAGGAUUCACGAGCGCAUUGCUGACCUUGCCACCGAAGAAGAGAACUCGCCACUGGUGCAGCAACUGAAAACAAUGCUCACGCAUGACCAGUUUAUCUUCAAGCAGAAGAUCGAGAUCGUGCACACACUGCUCACGGAUAGCCGGGCUACGGCCUACGACACUAGCGAUGCUUUGGCCAUGUCCAGAAGAGCUCUAGCGGAGAGCAUUGAGCUGUGGGGCCCGCGGCUGCAGGAGAUCGAGAAGCUGACCGCCAAGCAGGCGCAUCACAUCGACUCUGGAACCAUUUGCACGGAGGAACUAAGGCCGGAUCAGGUUCAGUCUGCAGAUUCCUCUAAAGUAACCACCGCUAGUUUGCCAAAGGAGAAUGACCCGCUGGAGUGUCCAAGCGAGGAUAUUGAAACUGGCGCAUCGAACAGUCAAACGGUUUUGGAUAAGAAUUUCUCCAUUGACCAGCUGUUGGCCUCCACCGUUAACGUUUACUCGGAUAAAAAGUCAAUAAGAAAGAUUCUCACCCAGCUGCUGCCAUCGGGUAAUCAGGUUAACCCUUUGCAUUCGCCUUUUCCGGCACAGGAUCAUCUGACGCUCCCAUUGGGCAGUAUUCCCAUUCACGUUAGAGAAACCGACCUGAGCUCAGUGAUUGCAUACAGCUUAACUUCGCUGGACUAUCAGAAGGCAAUAGAUGAGGCAAAGGCGAACUCCAAUGCAUCUUCCGCCUCUGCUGCCCAUUCAAGUCCGCAGUUAAAGCGCAAAAAUCCGCUAUCGGAAAGCAUUAGCGACGCCGAGGACAGUCCGAGCCUUUCACGUACUUCGAGCAACACCAGUGCUGCUCCCAAUGCAUCGGUUGCUUCGCCAGCUACCGCGGCUUCCGAGUCGGAGGAAAAGAGCAAGGAACGCACAAAGCAGCCACCGAGUCCGCAUAUAACACUGGCAUUCCAAGACCACAGCUGCCAGUUCCAGUGUAGUAUCUACUUUGCCCGCGAGUUUGAUGCAAUGCGCUCAAAGAGCUUGAAGCCACCCAAGCUAGAUAAGUCUCUGUACCGCCGGCUGGAGAAGAGCAAGAUGCGGGAGGAACUGAGAAUCUCACAGAGUCGCAGCGGGUCCGAAAUGGAGCUGGUGCGCAAACCCAGCGACGUUGGAGGGCCUCGAGCUACUGAGGAGGAUUCCAAUCAGGAGGAGGACGCUAGAAUAGCUUUGGCGCGCAGCCUUUGCAAAAGUGUUCAAUGGGAGGCGAGGGGCGGUAAAUCGGGAUCUCGGUUUUGCAAGACGCUUGAUGAUCGUUUUGUGCUCAAAGAGAUGAACUCCAGGGACAUGACCAUCUUUGAGCCAUUUGCUCCAAAAUACUUUGAGUACAUCGACAGGUGCCAGCAGCAACAGCAGCCCACAUUGCUGGCCAAGAUCUUUGGCGUCUUCAAAGUCAGCGUGAAGAAGAAGGAUUCCUCCGUGGAGCGUUCUGUAAUGGUCAUGGAGAAUCUGUUCUAUGGCUGCAAUAUUGAAAACAAAUUUGAUCUUAAGGGCUCAGAGAGGAAUCGCUUGGUGGAUCCCAGCAACCAGCAAGGUGAAAUUGUCUUGUUGGAUGAGAAUCUGGUUCAGAUGUCCUGGUCAAAGCCUUUGUAUGUGCUGUCCCACAGCAAAACUGUUUUGAGGGAUGCCAUCCAGCGAGACUCCUCCUUCCUGGAGAGAAACCUCGUCAUGGACUAUUCCCUCCUGGUGGGCCUGGACAAGAAGAACGGCGUCCUGGUACUAGGCAUCAUAGACUACAUUCGCACCUUUACACUGGAUAAAAGGAUGGAGUCCAUCAUCAAAAAAGGAUCGGGCAUUCUUGCAGGCAAGGGAAAGGAUCCCACCGUUGUCAAUCCGGAACGCUACAAGCAGCGCUUCAUCGACGCCAUGGAUCGCUAUUUCCUCACAGUUCCGGAUCGUUGGGAGGGCCUUUCAAAGGUCUAAUCCGCUUCACCCGCCCACACACAAAGUGCACCCAUUAGUUAACAUAACAUAGCUAUAGACGCAAUAAAGUAGACGCCAAUCCAACUAAA